GAUGGCGAUGCGCUCAAUACGGAAGGCGCGUGGGUGCUGGAGCUUCAUCCGGGCACUUCAUAAAGGACCCGAAGCUGUUCACGCUCCCCAGAAAGAAGCGGUAAAGCGAGUGUUCUCUGGCAUUCAGCCUACAGGAAUCCCCCACCUCGGCAAUUACCUGGGAGCCAUUGAGACCUGGGUGAGAUUGCAGGAGGAGCGUGGCUCAGUGCUGUACAGCAUUGUUGACCUACAUUCCAUCACUGUCCCCCAAGACCCGGCUGUCCUUCGGCAGAGCAUCUUGGACAUGACCGCUGUUCUUCUCGCCUGUGGCAUAAACCCAGAGAAAAGCAUCCUUUUCCAGCAAUCUCAGGUGUCUGAACACACACAGUUGAGUUGGAUCCUUACCUGCCUGGUCAGACUGCCCCGGUUACAGCAUUUACACCAGUGGAAGGCAAAGACUGCCACCCAGAAGCAUGGCGGAACCACGGGCCUGCUCACGUACCCAGUGCUCCAGGCCGCUGACAUUCUGCUGUACAAGUCCACACACGUUCCUGUCGGGGAGGAUCAAGUCCAGCACAUGGAGCUAGUUCAGGAUCUAGCACAAGGGUUUAACAAGAAGUAUGGGGAGUUCUUCCCGGUGCCCAAAUCUAUCCUAAAACUAAAGGCACCAUGGAAAGAACCUCUGAGGAGAAAAACUAGGGGACUUGUGAUAACUUCCAAAGAACAAAGCCCUCACAGGCGAGGGUGAGGGUGAGUGUUCUGCUCUUACUGUCUUCGAAAGUGACCUGAGGGCUCAUCACGUCCAAAAUCCACGCGCAUAGUGAUUGAGAGAUGUGCCCGGUGAUCUCAGGAAGUAGAAAAAUGAGCCAAGACAAGAACCUAGAUCUCUUCUCACAUCCUUUCCACCUACCAUUUGCAGGCCUCAGCACAGUCUUUUCACAGAGAUGAAGAAUCGGAAGUCUAACCGGUGGCUCACCACAGGAGGUGAUUUUAAUUGUCAUUUUCCAUGUUUUGUGGAGAAUUAAAAUGAUGAAAGGUAUUUCAGACGGCAGUAAUCAUGGCCACGUAACUUGGUGUUCUGGAGCUCUGGCAACUGACAAACCCCAUUUCAAACCCACUUUGACAGACUGUCGCUUGGAAUACAUUGGGAGUAUCUUGUCCUUUGUAGGUGCCUCACAAACAUUUAUGAAAAUAAUGUCAGAAAAUGAGUUAGAGAGAUCUAUUGAGGUGUGGGUUGUUUGUGUUUCAGAAACCUUGAUGCUGAUCCUAAAACACUAAAUAACACUCCCGAGUUCUCACAUGUAUCAGGCACGGUGCCAAGUGUCUUACCACAGUGCUUUCCCAGGUGUGGUUCCCUGACCCGCAGCCUGGGCACCACCUGGGAACUUGUCAAGAAUGCAGAUUCUCUGCGGGCGCCUGGGUGGCUCAGUUGGUUU